AUGGAUGGAAGUAUUCAUAUCUCUCGAUGGGCUCGUUUGCGAAUCCCAAAUGGCCAGGUUGCUCAUUCUCGGUGGAAAGAGGGACAUCAAACUAAUGCACGACAUUCGCGCAAUGUUAAGUUCAUGCACAACGGAGAAAUUCACUUUGGUGAAGUGCUAUAUUAUUUUCAAUGUGAAGUUCAUUUGGACGAAGAGUCAACUCUCGCACUUGUUUCAACAUACUCUGCUCCAGAUCUAGCCUUACUUGAAGCUUCACAUCACACAGUUGUGUCUUGCAUGCACCUUGGCGAUGCAUCCUUACAAGUUAUUGAUGUCAAGUCGAUUCAUGCUGUUGUGGCCAUGGUUCCUCAUCAAAUCAAUAACGAGGAGCGGUUCUUUGUUGUUGAGAAGCCAGGGCUUGAUGUAGCUGACCUGGGUGGGUACGAGGAGGAGGUCCAGGAGGACGAGUGA